GUUCAAACAAGAUCACGAAAAACGAGGCGGAAAAUAAGGAAAAUAAGGAAAUUGAUAAAAAAGAUAAAUUGGUAAAGGAAGAAAAGGAAGACAUUGCAACCACUACCAAAGAAUCUGAUCAAGAAAAUGACAAGAAGAAGAAGAAAAAGAAGAUUAAGCUCCCAAGUUGUUUUGGUUUCAUUUCAACUUGGGUUGCCAAAAGGAAGAGAGAAACGACGCGAAAAGAAAAGGAAGGCUAUAGCUAGCCGCGCUCCCACGCCAACGCUAGUUCAAUAUGAGCAUAGAAAAGCACGUGGCGGGGAGUCUUUUGUCAUUGAAGUAGACUGCAAACCAAUACAAAUGAAGCCGAUAUUGCCGCCAAUUAAGAAAGCUGACGGACCUAUACGACUAGCUUGUGAGGCUCGGCAAGAGAAAGCCGAGGCCAAAAGAAAUGAGGAGCUUUCCAAAAAGAAGGUACUGGCAAGAGAGCACCAGAGAAAAAAGUAAGUUCACUUAUAUUGUCUAACAACCAUUUUAUAUUCCUUAUUCCUUGUGUAUAUAGAAGAAGAAGGAUAAUUUUAUUGAACAAAAGGCAAAUGCCUGUGAUACAUAACAUAAGGUUGUUUUUUACAAAAUAUCAGUGGCGGUCCAAUUCUAUAUAAAUCAUCAUAAAUGUAUGUAACAGCAAAAAAAUAAUAUCAAUAAUCACUGCAUGCAAUAGAAAUAUGAAGUUUUUAUCAAGUAUGUUAAGUACUAUCACGAAAAUAGUAAAUAUCAUACUUUAUAACAAAAAAAAGAAACAAAAAAGAAACUUUCUCCAAGUUUGAAUGUAGAUAUGUUAGUACAGUUUUUCAAUCCUUUUGAAAGCUCGAUUUUUACGUUGAAUAAACAUAUCGGGCUUUUAUACGGGGAUUAGCUGACCGAUUUUGCAAACAAAACGAGUUUUACAAGCUACUACAUGUAUAUAAGUGUGUACAUCUAAGUGAUACCCUUGAACAACUGGCACACAUACUUUGCGAAAGUUUCUUUUUUGGUUCAGUAUACAUUUUAUAAAUAAUAACACAAUAUAACUUUUUUAAAAGAAUGUACACCUAAAUUUAAAACAAGAAUUAUCAUAUUUCGCACGCACGCUUAGUCAUUGUAUAUUUUCGAUGUGUUAAAAUUCGUAUUAUUUACAUUACACAAAAUAUGUAUAGCAUUAAGUCACACCAGACAAUAUAUCAUUUACAUCACACCAGAUAUUCUAUUACUUACAUA